GAUUUAUUGAAUAUUCAAUUAACUAGUUAUUCAUAAAUAUUUAUUUCGUGAUACUGCACAUCUCCAGCCCUCACCAUACCUAUAUCUCACUACCCACGUCAACCUAGUACCUACAUAGACAUAGACACCUAAUUACACACUUCUAGGUAUUAAACACACUCGUCUACCAUACAUACCUCCCUCAACAUCCGAGUAUUUCUCUCAUAGUAUCUGCGCCAUAGUGCGCCUACCCUCACAGCUAGAUAGAGGGAAACACACAAAGAGUAGCUCAACAUGGGCUUCACAACAGGCUUCACCGGAGGCGUAACCCUCACCCUCUCAAUAGCCUACCUAACCGUGCUCACGCACCAGCGAAACCGAGAAUACCAAGCCGCCAUCCUGCGGCAGCAAACCCGCGCCCUCUCAGGAAUCAUCGACCCCCUCCCCCCAGCCCUCCCGCCCACCCGCGCCGAGCUCGCCGCCGCCCAGCGCGCCAACUUCGUCGAGCGCGCCAAGGACCGCUGGAACGCCGAGGUCGAGGGCGCCGUCCACUGGGCCCAGAACAAGGACUGGUACGAGGCGCGCCAUGACCUCGAGGCCGCUGCUGCUAGGCUGUGGGCUAGGGCGCUUAGCAGCAGCAGCAGCGACGAUAAGAACGUACGGGCCGAGGCGGAGGGGAAGGCGCAGGAGAUCGUGGCUAGAGCUAGGGAUCAGACGAUCAGCAGCCAGGCGGGCAGCGUAGCGGCGGCGUCGGGGAACUCGCUGAAGGCCCAGGGCAUCGAGGCGGCGAAUAAGGCGGAGGGGGAGGCGAAGGCGGCAAAGGGCUCGAUCUUCGGUGCUAUUGGGGGGUUUUUCUCGAGGGGCAAGCAGAUGUUGGUGGGUGCAUCUGAAGAAGAGAAGGCUAGUAAUGUGUUGUUGUCGCCGGAGGAAAAAGCUCUGCAGAAACGAUACCAGCAGGGAGCGAGUGGUAUGAAUAGGAGUACGGAGGAGGUGCUUGCUGAGAGAUAUGGGUCCGCGAAGCAAUAGAAACUGAAAAGUGUGAAGUUUGUGGUUUGCAAGUAAAAAAAAAAAGAAGAGAUUGUUAAAGGGGGGGAGAAAGCAAUCAUGAGCAAAGACAUCAAAGGCCCUUGACCUAGGAGCAUACAUACAUACAGUGGGAGUUGUCGCUCAAACAAAACGAAGACUAAUAGAUGCGCCCAGGGCACUUGUUUACCAAUGUGUGUGUAUAAUAUAUACUAUACAACCCUUGUGGUUUCCUACCUUGUUGACUAUUAGGUAUGCCAUCAGACUUAAUCAUUUAC